AUGAAAGUUCCAAGUACCGAAAAACCAGACAUUUUCCAUCAUUUGGGUGCUUAUUUAGAUAAUUUCCAUAAUCCUCAAGAAGCAGUUUCUUUUGCUAGGGAUGUUAGUUCAAAUAUAGCUUAUGCUAAAGCUACUCCUACUUAUAACGCUAAGUCUUUAUUACGUAAAGUUUAUCAAAAUGUUCCUACUCCAACAAGUACCCACACUUUUGAGGAUUUAAUCGAUGAUAUCUACGAUGGCCAUGAUGCUGUUGACAAUUUAAUGGACUCCGUCAUCCAUCCUUUCUUAAGACAUUAG